AUGGCAUGUGCAAUGCGGACAGGACACUAUGAGUCUCUUGGCUGUGUAUCGCAUACGCUGCAAUUAGUGAUCAAGCAAUCGUUAUUUGCUGAUGAAGACACCACAGAAAUUAUAAAAAAAUUUCGGAAGAUAGUAGGCCAUUUCCACCACAGUGAACCAGCGACAAGAAAAUUGAAAGAAUGCCAAAUCCAAUGCGGGCUGCCAGAACAUGCUCUGGUUCAAAGUAUUGAUAUAAGAUGGAACAGUACCUAUUUGAUGUUUCAGAGGCUGUUAGAGCAAAAAAAUGCUAUAAACCUCUACACUGUUCAGCAUGGUAAAAUAGAUACCCUUUGUCCCACCGAAUGGGAAAUUAUGAAGCGACUCGUCGAAGUAUUGAAGUUCUUUUACGAAGCCACCCUUGAUUUAUCAUUGAAUGACGCUUGUAUUUCUAUAAUCAUACCUCUAAUAUCGCUACUCAAUCGGAAAUUACAAGCUCGAAUGGAAAACGAAGAUGAGGGUAUGACAAUGACGAAAAAUCGGUUAUAUGAGACAAUGAACCAAAGAAUGUCCCUCUUGAAAGAGCAUCCAUCGUUAAUUGCAGCAACAUUGCUGGACCCACGUUUCAAAUCCAAGUAUCUAACUCCCAAUGCUGUUGACACCGGAAUCACAGAAAUUGUAUCUUUUUUGAUCAGAUGUAGUAGCGACAGCGCGGUGAACAGAAAUGCUAUUCAUUCUUCUUCUUCUGCAGGACCAGUGCUGGUUGAAUCCAAUAUUCAGAAACAAGACGAAAGUCUUUGGGAUACCCAUGCCGAUAACCCCGGCGGUACACCAUGUGAUAAUAAUGGAUAUGAUGAAACUUCUAUACUAAAACAAACAAUGAAGUGCUAUUUGUCGGAGCCGCGACUACAGCGGAAUGCCGACAUAUUUUCUUAUUGGAACUCCAGCCCAUACACGACGUUGAGGAAAGCGGUGUUGAAAUACCUGUCUGCACCACCGACCAGUAUCCCCAGCGAGCAAAUGUUCAGUGCUGCUGGGCAAAUAUAUGCAGAUCGGCGAAGCAAUUUGCUAGGAGAAAAUGCGGAAAAACUACUUUUUUUAUCAUAUAAUAUAAGGCUUUUUGGUUAUGUUUACUAG